AUGGGUGACAAAGACACUGUGGAGAAGUUCCUGGACAACAACCCGCAGUUCGCCAAGGAGUACUACGACAAAAAAGUCAGAGCGGACGUCAUCGCCGCCGCUUUCGACAACGACGCGUCCUCGUACAACGCCGCUGCCGUCGUCCAGGAGGCUCGGUUCGUGUCGGAGCUGGUCAAGGAGCUGCGAGGCCCCGGCCCUCUGGAGAAGUCCCUCCACAAAGUUCUCCAGAGGACUGCGCUGGUCGUCGGCGCCGACCGCUGCAGCUAUUUUGGCUACCGGGCGCGCAACGGGACACCCGAGCUGGCCACGGUGCUCUUCGACGUCACGCGCGAUUCCACCUUUGAACAGAACCUGGUGGACCCCGAUGUAGAGAUCGUUUUCCCCACCGAUAUGGGGAUCGUCGGGUGGACGGCGCACAGCAAAAAGCCGCAGAAUAUCGCCGACGUCAAGAAGGACUCGCAUUUCAGCGACUUUGUGGAUAAACAGACAAAGUACACUACAAAAAGUAUGAUGACGGCGCCCAUUUUGUGCGGGAAGGAGCCCGUCGGCGUUGUCAUGGCGCUCAACAAGCAGGGCGACGACGCCUUUUCCAAAAGCGAUCAGGAGCUUUUCGCCCAGUACGUCAAUUUUGCGGCGGUGGUGGCCCUCCAAGCGCACACGGCUUACAUGUGGGAUGUGGAGUCCAGGAGAAGCCAGGUUCUGCUGUGGUCAGCCAGCAAAGUCUUUGAGGAGCUGACGGACAUCGAGCGGCAGUUUCACAAAGCCCUCUACACGGUCAGGACUUACAUCAAGUGCGAGAGGUACUCUGUGGGGCUCCUGGAUAUGACCAAAGACAAAGAGUUUUUUGAUGAGUGGGCCAUCAAACUUGGGGAACAGGAAGCAUACAAAGGUCCCAAAACACCUGAUGGUAGAGAAAUCAACUUCUACAAGAUCAUUGACUACCUGCUGGAAGACAAAGAGGAAAUUAAAGUCAUUCCCGCCCCCCCCGCGGACCACUGGGCCCUGGUCAGCGGACUGCCCACUUACGUGGCAGAGAACGGAUUUAUUUGCAACAUGAUGAACGCCCGAGCCGAUGAGUACUUCUCAUUUCAGAAAGAAGCGGUGGACGAGAGCGGCUGGAGAAUAAAGAACGUCCUCUCCCUCCCCAUUGUCAACAAAAAGGAAGAAAUAGUGGGCGUGGCCACCUUCUUCAACAGACGCGACGGCAAACCCUUUGAUGAGAGCGACGAGCAAAUCGCAGAAGCUCUCACCCAGUUCCUGGGCUGGUCCACUCUUAACAGUGACACCUAUGACAAACUCAACCGCACCGAGUGGGGUAAAGACGUGGCGCAGGAAAUGCUAAUGUACCAAACUAAGGCCACGCCUGCCGACGUACAGAGCAUUUUGAACACUCAAGAAAAAUUGGGUUCUGCGCCAGAGGACUGCGACCAGAAGGAGAUGUACAAGCUGCUGAGAGCCAGCAUCCCCGAAUCAGACGCCGUGGAUCUUCACGAGUUCAGCUUCAGCGACUUCCCGCUGUCCCAGUCAGAUCUCGUCAAGUGCGGCAUCCGCUGCUUCUUCGACCUCGGGGUGGUGGAGAAGUUUAAAGUCCCGGCGGAGAUCCUGACGCGAUGGAUGUACACGGUUUGCAGAGGUUACCGCGACAUCACCUACCACAACUGGAGGCACGGCUUCAACGUGGGACAAACCAUGUUCGCACUCCUGCUGACGGGAAAGCUGAAGAAGUACUACUCAGAUCUGGAGGCUUUUGCUAUGGUGGCCGCCGGGUUCUGCCAUGACAUCGACCACAGGGGGACCAACAACCUCUACCAGACAAAGAGCGCGUCCCCGCUGGCCAAACUUCACAGCAGCUCCGUGAUGGAGCGACAUCAUCUAGAGUACAGCAAGACGCUGAUGGAAGACGAGAACUUGAACAUCUUCCAAAACCUGCAAAAGCGCCAAUUUGAGACCGUGCAGCACCUGUUUGAAGUUUGCAUCAUCGCCACGGACCUCGCGCUCUACUUCAAGAAGAGAACAAUGUUCCAGAAGAUUGUGGAUUCCAUGGAGGCCAUUCCGGACGAGAAGGACAAAAUCAACCACAUCUCCAACAACCCGACCAGGAAGGAGAUCAUCAUGGCGAUGAUGAUGACGGCGUGCGAUCUGUCGGCCAUUACCAAGCCGUGGGAGGUUCAGAGUAAGGUGGCUUUGAUGGUGGCGGCAGAAUUCUGGGAGCAGGGAGAUCUGGAAAGAACCGUCCUUGACCAGCAGCCCAUCCCAAUGAUGGAUCGGAAUCACGCUGACGAGUUACCAAAGAUGCAGUGCGGCUUCAUCGAUUUUGUCUGCUCUUUCGUGUACAAGGAGUUUUCACGCUUCCACAAGGAGAUCGACCCCAUGUUUGCGGGUCUCAACAACAACCGGGGAGAGUGGAAAGCACUCGCUGAUGUCCACGAGGCCAAGAUGAAGGCCAUCCAAGAUGAGAAGAAGAAACUGGAAGGCGGAGGAGAGGGGGACGCGGGUGGCAAGUCAAAGACGUGCAUCAUCUGCUAA